UGCCUCUAGUCAGAGACUUUAUCUGUACAGUGCGAGUUUGGAUGGUUUACAGUAUUACUUUCCGCUGUGAGCGCUGCAGUGUCAAUUGUUCAGAAUCAGGUUUAAUUAUCGCCGGUAGAUGUCGUGAAAUUUGCUGUCUUUGCGGCAGCAGUACAAUGCAAUACAUAAUAAUAGGGAAAAAACCGUGAAUUACAUCAUUCAACAGACUUUGAGGUCCACAGAAACUGGCUGGCCAUUACUUACAGUUUACCUGUCUCACAGUGGUAUUAUGAAGUGACCUCAGAAUGGACAUUGGAUUAUCCACCAUUUUUUGCAUGGUUUGAAUACCUCCUCUCCUUCAUUGCUCAAUUUUUCGAUAAGGAAAUGCUGGUUGUCCAGAACCUUAAUUAUGCCAGCAAUGCAACUAUACUGUUUCAGCGACUUUCAGUGAUCACCAUGGAUAUAGUAUUCAUUUAUGGAGUAAUAGAGUGUUGUAAGAACAUAAAUAGAACAAAGGAACCAAAGGAAAUACUGGAGAAGCCAGAUUUCAUACUUGCAGUGCUGUUACUUUGGAACUUUGGGUUACUGCUUAUUGAUCAUAUUCAUUUUCAAUACAAUGGAUUCUUAUUUGGCUUGUUGCUUCUUUCCAUUGCGAGGAUGUUUCAGGGAAGACAUCUGGAAAGUGCUUUACUGUUUGCAGUCCUGAUGAACUUUAAGCAUAUUUUUCUUUAUGUGGCACCUGCUUAUGGUAUAUAUCUGCUACGUUCAUACUGCUUCACUAAGAGUAAACAAGAUGGAUCAAUCCAGUGGAGGAGUUUCAGCUUUUCCCGUCUUUUUGCCUUGGGAUUUAUAGUCUGUUCUGUCUUUGUUGCUUCAUUUGGACCCUUUGUUGCCAUGGGUCAGUUGCCUCAGGUGCUUGCACGUCUUUUCCCUUUCAAGCGAGGCCUCUGUCAUGCAUAUUGGGCCCCAAAUUUCUGGGCUUUGUACAAUGUAGUGGAUAAAGUACUGUCCGUCAUUGCUGUGAAGCUGAAGUUACUGGAUCCUGCUCUAUUUUCAAAGGCAUCAAUGACAGGAGGAUUAGUCCAGGAGUUCCAGCAUGCUGUCCUACCUUCUGUGUCACCAUUAGCGACAUUGAUCUGCACAUUGCUCUCGAUAAUGCCUGCUAUUUUCCAUCUUUGGCUAAAACCUCGAGGACCCAGAGGAUUCCUUCAGUGCCUAAUUCUUUGUGCAUUGGGCUCAUUCAUGUUUGGCUGGCAUGUACAUGAAAAGGCCAUUCUCAUCGCUAUACUGCCUUUGAGCUUGCUUGCUGUGGAAAACAGAAAAGAUGCAGGAAUAUAUCUUGUCUUAGUAACAACCGGGCAUUUUUCCCUCUUCCCACUUCUCUUCACGGGACCAGAGAUGCCAAUUAAAAUCUGCCUCAUGCUGCUCUUCACUAUAUACAGUUUCUCUGCUCUGCGAGCUUUAUUCAGGAAAGAAGGAACACUUCUAAGCUGGCCUGAAUCCAUCUACCUCAGUGGUCUUAUUCCCCUGCAGUUAAUUUGUGAGAUCAUCUAUCCUCUAACACCCUGGCAGCAGAGAUUUCCCUUUGUACCACUAUUGCUCAUCUCUGUGUAUUCUUCACUGGGAACUACCUACGCUUGGAUUAGGCUGUAUAUCUCCGUCCUACAGGAGACAUUGACUGACAGGAAGAUGAAAGCACAGUAGCUUAAGUUGUGUUAUUAAUUUGGAGUUGUGUAUUAAUGGAAUAUGACCAAAUCAUAGGCAAUGGAGUAAUUAUGGAUGUAAUACAAGGAUCACAAACAUGAUGUAAGAAUUAUGAAUGCAAAAUAAAAUGAAAGUACUGUAGCUGUGGUAUGUACCAUUUUUAACCCUAUGGUAGUCUGACUAAAGGGAACAGCAUAAUUUUUCAAAUGAUUUUUCUCUGUUCUUUUAUAACAGCACCUGAUACUAUGCCUGUGUAGUUUCAGAUAAAUUUCACUGGAUGCAGUGUGCUUUGAAAUGCAAAAGUUUGUGCAUUGUGGACAGCCAUAUAUUUUAACAGUAAAUUCUGAAACAUUUGCAUCAUUUUGUAAUAUCUGCAUUCACUUUUUUAUUUAAAGAAAGUAGGAGUCUUUUAUACAUCUCUGUUCUUGUACAUUUUUAAAAACAAAUAUAUUAAAGUAAUAAUGAUAAAUUUAAGAACCAAAAAUAUUUCUGUCAUAUUAGUUGAUGUACAUUAAUGUGGAAAAUGUGUUUUAUAAAUGUAAAAUCCUUUGGUAUAUUUAAACAUAAUCAGGUUGGAGAAAUUACUUACCGAAAAAUAAUGUUGAGUGCAAGAUCAAUUUAUUUCUUUGUUUGUAUAAAAGUGGAAACAUUUAAUGACUUUGGGAUCAAUAUAGGUAAAUUCAUGAAAUUCAUUCAUACAAUAAUAAAGGAAAUGGU